AUGGGACCUCAAACAAAGACUUUGGUCGAACACAUGGUGGCGAAAAUGCCUAAGGGCAAAUCUAUUGAGGACGACCUGGUUUGCGGUGGUGAUCUGCGGGCUCGGGGAAAUGCAUGGUUAAGAUCCGCUUUUGUUUCCAGUAAGUUGACAAAGGUGCCAAGGGAAAAUCAAAUACGCAUGGCAGUUAAGAAGUUGAUGGUCAAACAGAAGAUGGGAAAAAUCCUAUCAAGAGAUGCUCGCCAAGACUGGGUGCGUCAGCAAGCUUUCAAAUGUCACGAUAUCUUGCUGAAGCACACCAGAGCCAAGCGUAGAGGUUACGCGUACCGAUCCCCUACUGAUAGCCAAUCCAAAGGGUCAUCAAUGGAUCAGUUGGAGACACAGCCCGUAGAUGAGGAUGAGAUCCCAAAGCUUGAUGACAACGAUAUGAAAACCUGUGGCUCUGCUCCAACUACCUCCACUACGGGCCCUGCUACCUCCCUUGACCAUGAAACCUCGGAAUCGGAAUCUUCUACGGAUGAUGAGGAGGAAAGUGAAGAAGACAAAGAUGACAAAAGCGACACAAAGGCGGAAGAGGCUGAAAGCUCAGAAGAGGAGGAUGAUGAUGAGGACAAGGGAGUUGAGAAGACUUGCAAUGAGUGGCAGCAAAAGACGCCGCCUUACCACAACUGUUCGAGCGAGGAUUCUACUGACAGUGAAGAUGAGAAGAAAGGAACAGAUGCUGAGGACGACAAGGUUGAGGAAGGUCAGAAUGCUGUGAAGAGUGGCAAGGAUGAUCAAGAAAAGAAACAUGAGGAAAAAAUUGAGGAAGGGAAGUGUGAGGAGGAAGAUGAUGAAUCCACGAGUGAAGAUGAGAAGACAAAAGAAGACGAGAAGACACAAGGAGAUGAGAAGACAGAAGAAGGUGAGGAGACAAAAGAUGAUGAGACAAGUGAGGAUGAUGAUUCCACAGGUGAAGAUGAGAAAACGGAAGAACAGAAGGAGAUGAAGAACGUGGAGGAUGCAAAUGAAGAUGAAAAGGCGGAAGAUAAUACUGAGGUGAAGAGUGAGGAGGACACAAGUGAAGAUGAUGAGGCAGAAAAGGCUGAGGUGAAACUUGAGGAGCAGCAUUCGAGCAAAGAGGAGAAGGCAGAAGAUGUAAAGGAGGAAAUCAGGAACACUGAUGAUGAUGAUGAUACAAGUGAAGAUGAGAAGGGGGAAAACCAUGAUGAGUCGAAGAGCGAGGAUGACACGAGUGAAGAAGAGAAGGCAAACAUAGAUAAGGAUAAGAGCCAGGGAGAGAACAAUGAAGAAAAGAUGGACAGCUCCGAUGUGUCUCUCAAUGCCUUGAAAGAAGGUCCAGUACGUCAAGAGGUGGCAGACAAAGCAGGAUCAAGUGACAGCAGCGAGAGUGAGACUGAUGAUGAGACCAUGGGACAGAAGAAAGGUCAGACUGAGGUGCCAGAGACACAGAAAGAAGCCGAGAUGAGGGAAGAACCGGCUGUUCUGAAAGGACGUGAUGAUGACAAAGACACUUCAAGCAGUGAAACCGAUGAGGAGAACAUGGACCAGAAGAAUGAGGCAACAGAUGAGAAUCCAGAACACCAGACGAAAGAAGACAAAGGUGACUCAGAGGCAGAGGAUGCAGACAUGAGUGACUCUUCUGAGGAUGAAAACAAUACAAAGACAGAAGAAACAACAGAAGAUGCAAAGACACAGAAAGGAAACAUAGCAGAAAAGGAAACUCGUGAAGAUGAGGAUCAGGAGAAUGAAAGUAAUGAUUUAGACGAGGAAAGCCACACGAUGAAGACAGAAGGCAAAGAACAGGAGGAAGACAAAAGUGAUGAUGACUCCACUUCGUCCUCAUCUUCCACGUCAAGCACUUCUGAAGAUGAGGCAGACACAAAGGCAAAGCAAAAGAUUGAGGAGGAAAAAUUCAAGCUUGAAGUUGACGAGGCUCGGGAUCUCGCUGAGAUGGAUGCUGCUCACAAGAUGCGAUACUGGGACUUCUGUCAUGGUCUGUAUCCAGAUUUAUCUACUCAAGAUGCUUUGAGUCCGGAUCUGGAGCCAACAAAGAUGGGGGAAGCACCAAGAUUUCACCCAGACAAAGUCAGAGAUUUCAUAAUGAUCAGCUCCCUGCAGAAGAAGGAACGCAAAGACAAAGGGAAGAGAAAGACUGAGGACAAGACUGGUGAAGGCCUUUCCCCUCGACCGGCUGAAUCGGGUGCCUCUGCCAAGCCGGCUGUGAAGGAGGAGGUGGCAGAAGAAUCAAAGAGAAAGAACCUGGUGCACAAGGAAAAGUUUGAGGACGGCUGGGUCGUUGAAAUCAGAAAGCGGCUUGAAGGUAAAGCAGCCGGUCAACUAUAUAAGCUGUGGAUCAGCCCACGUGGCACCCAGCUGUGGACAAAGGGCGCUGCUUCUGCUGAAGGGUUUACCGAACAAUCGUUCCAGAAGCUUGCGAACAUUCAGAAGAAUCUGAAGCUGGGUAGGCAGGCAGCGCCGAAAAAGACACCCAUGAAAAAGACUAAGGAGUUUCCCAAAAUCAAAUCGAAGGCAAAGCCUCGGUCAAAGGCCAACAAAAAGGCAGUCUAA